AUGCUGCCAGAGGCCAUCAAAUACCCACUGACUCGCGUGGGAACAUCUGCAAUUGACGCCAUCGUCAAGAAACAUCACACAACGCUUGACAACAAGAAUGUUCCAGCACCAUGCCCUCGACUGCCUCAUAUCAAGACAGUCUCUGGAACUCUUACCGCCGAGGUGCAGAAAUUUCUUCUUUCCGAAGAACGACAACCUCAAGUUGGCAAGUAUGAUUGGAUCCUUGAAAAGGUGCAAUCAUCAAUCAAAGGACUUGAGACGUCGAACCCCUUCCUGAAGCCCACAACACUGGUGGGACAACAACAUGCAAGACGACAGCAAUGCAGAACGUUGUUCCCUUCUGAAGUCGUUUUUUCAACGUGGACAAACAGCGUUGAGACUCGGGCUGGGACAGCAGAGCCCAUCAGACAAACCACAACCUCUGCAUACAGCGGACCUCCACCGGCAGUCGUUGCCAGUGUGCCAAGUCAUCUUCAGAAUGUGAAUGACGAAGAUGACUAUCUCAGCGACUCUCAAUCUGAGACUGAGACGACCGUCCACAACAACAUCGAUGGACAAGCACCGUUCACAUCUUCUGACAGUGACGAUGCGAACGUCUCCCCACCUCCGCGUGGUCGGCUGAGCCUUCCUCGAACUCGGCCUCACGCCGCGGCUGCUGGCAACGGUUCUGACGAUGCUCAUCCGGCAAAGAGUCAUCGUGUCUUUGAAUCAACCUCAACCGGUGUCGAAAGAGUCUUCUCCGAUCCUAACACAGGAUCGACAACCAGUUCGCCUCCUCCUGCGUCAGAAGGCAACCGUUUCGCAUUCCCACAGCGUGAUCCAGAUCUGGAGCCUUUCCCAGACUUUGAACAGUGUCAGCUGGCUGUGAAGGAGCAAGAGGUUGAAGACCUGCAUCGAGAACUCGAGCAGGUCAAAGCAACGGCACAGCGGGAGAAGUCUCGUCUCGAAAAGGAGACCAAGAACGUUCGACAGGCACUCCAGACCAUGUCGAUACAAUUCCAAGAGGUCGACAGUCAAUGCCAAGCGCUGGAACGAGAGAACGUGGAGCUCAGACGACACGUGCAAGUUCUCGACCAGCACAGAUUGGACGCUGAAGGGACACGCCGUGACAUGGCCGUGCACAUUCAGCAGCUGGAGAACAUCACUCGACAUCUGGAAGAGGGCAACGCAGCCCUAAGACAUCGAAAUUCUUACCUCGAGGGCGUCGCUAGAGAACUUCAGGCGCGUGCUGAUCUAUCGGCCGCGUCGCGACAAAUGAAUGCGGCUCUGCUCGACCAGGUGACAAGCAAGAAGGACGGCGAAGUGGAGAAGCUUCGUGGGCAAGUUGCGUCGCUCACCGAGCAACUUGACCAGGUCACCGAGGAGAAGUGGGACCACUUCACCGAGAGGAAUGACAUGGAGGACGAACGGGACGAUGAGCGCACCGCCAAGGAGGAAGCUCAACGAGAGCUUGGGGAGGUUCGGGAGCAAUUGAGGAGACUGCGGGAGCAGGGGCGGGAGAAGGAGCAGGAGCAGGGGAAUUGA